CUCGACACUCCACUCUGACUUCUUCUCAACGUCAACGCAUAGAAGGCAUUCAAGAUGCCCCUGCCCUCUUCAAAGAAGAAUGUAGGCCUCGGCCACGCCAUCAUCAACCGAGUCUCUCGCGACGCCAAGUCACGCCCCCGCUCAGAGUUCCACACAACGGACGUCUCCUCCUCUUCAAAGCACGGCCUCGCCUCAGUCACUCAACAAGGAGAUCUCGAGGAAUUCCUGAAUACGGCUCAGCUGGCCGAGCAGGACUUCACCGCCGAACGUAGAAAUGUUACCGUUGUGCAGGCUCCGAGCAACGCGAGGGGAGCAGCCAGCCGGAGGGGGGAGAACCCUUUCCUCCUCGGUGGACACGACGAGGCUGUCACACUUCAGCGUCAACGAGAGAACAAGCAGCGACUCCGCGUCCCCCGACGUCCGGCUUGGGACGCCAAGACCACUCCCGCAGAGCUGAACAGGAGGGAGAAGGAUUCUUUCCUCGAGUGGCGCAGGAACCUCGCGCAGCUCACUGAUGCGCAACAUUUCAUCCUUACGCCCUUCGAGCGCAACAUUGAGGUGUGGAGACAGCUCUGGCGAGUAUUGGAGCGCAGUCACCUUGUGGUGCAAAUUGUCGACGCAAGGAACCCACUCAAGUUCAGGUGCGAGGAUUUGGAGAGAUACGUCGAGCAGCUGGGCGUGGUGAGCAAGGAGGGAUUGAGCUAUGUAGGUGGAGAGGGGAGUAGCGGAAUGGGCCCGAGGCGGAACCUGCUACUCAUCAACAAGGCGGAUCUGCUGGACGAGGGGCAGAGGAAGACGUGGGCAAAGUGGUUCGACGAGCGAGGCAUCCGUUACGCCUUCUUCAGUGCGGCGAAUGCAGCGGCGGUCCAGGCGGCAGCUGCGGCCGCUGAAGCCGAGCAGGAAGCCAAGGAAGCGGAAGACGAAGAACAAGGAGACGAGAACGACGUUGAGGAAGCCGAAAGCGAGGACGACGAGGACGUCGCAGAGUCAGGCGACGAGGACGCUAAGCUCUCUGAGGCAGUGCAAGCCGCACACCUCGCCAAGCCUCUCGUAGGCUCCGAGCCUGCGACCGUAGCUCGUGAGACAGCUUCCGCCGGCCACCAGUCCACCCUCAGCGAGGCAGUCGACGAGGCUACCACCACGCACUCGGCGGCGGCCCCCUCUCACUCGCAAGCCGACCCCACCCGGGUCCUCAACGUUCUUGAGCUCGAAGAACUCUUCAUGGCCUCCGCUCCACCUCUGAGCGACUUUCACAGCAGUGCAACAAAUGGCACUCCCUCGCACCUCACAGUCGGCCUUGUCGGUUACCCCAACGUAGGCAAGUCUUCAACAAUCAACGCACUGCUCGGCUCCAAGAAGGUGUCCGUCUCCUCCACGCCCGGUAAGACGAAGCACUUCCAAACCCUCCCCUUCAGCGACCGUGUCACUCUCUGCGACUGUCCUGGUCUAGUAUUCCCGCAGUUUGCUACGAGCACCGGGGAGCUGAUCGUGGAUGGUGUGCUGCCCAUUGAUCAGAUGAGGGAAUACACUGCCCCUGCUGAGCUUGUGGCUAGGAGGGUGCCAAAGGACGUGUUGGAGGGCUUCUACGGAGUGAGGAUCCAGACGCUGGAGGUCGAAGAGGGAGGGACGGGCAGGCCGACCGGAUUGGAGGUGCUGACGAGCUACGCUGUUGCGAGAGGUUUCGUCCGUCAAGGUCAAGGAAACCCAGACGAGUCCCGUGCAGCCCGUUACGUGCUCAAAGACUACGUCAACGCUCGCCUUCUGUACUGCAACCCGCCACCAGGCGUAGACGAAGACGAAUUCAAUGCAGCACAGCGUCAGCGUGCCCGCGAAGCCCUCAAGGGCAGGCGAUACGACCCACUCAAGGCCGAAGAUGAAGACGCCAGCGGCACAGCCAACGCAGCUCCUGUGGCUCGAAUUGGCGCCAAGUCCCGAGCACUGGAUGCCGCCUUCUUCUCGACUGGUCAGGAUGGUGGGGCUAGGGCGAAAGGGAGGAAAGGUCAGCCGGGCAGCGGUGUCGUUUCAGGGAGGGUGGGGGCGGAUGGUAAGCCCGUGAGCAGGGCAGAGGCGGCCGCUGCGCAGGGGAUGGCGGCUGGUGCUUCAGGCGGGAAGAAGCAUUUCAAGAAGAAGCAGGGCAAGGUCAGGUAUGCGGGAGUCACCAAUGAGUGGACGGGGGCUCCGUAGAGUGCGUGUCUAGUGGGUAUAAUUGCAAGAUGAUCACAUGCAAUGCCGUGUUGCUCUAUGUGCGCCUUCUUGACUAGGCAAAAUGUACCCCUCUGCGAUGGAAGGCCGCGAGUAGUCUAAGCAAGUCAUCUACAUCCAUCUGCGCCGCCCUCUUCUCAGCAUAAUCGGUAUCCUCGUUGAGCACCUUCCUCAGCAAAUCGUCGAAAGUCUCUCCCUUGUCCAAUACAGUGCCCCUCUGAGAAGCCACUGUCCUCCAAUUCUGCUCCAGCAUCUCCCUCACCCCCUUUGCCUCAAAGCUUGCCCUGACCAUCCUAUUCCUCCUACUGAACAGAACAC